AUAUGCUUUGUUUGCCAGAGUGAGAUAUUUUAACAGAGGCACCCGAGAGAGCUCAACAAGUAUUCCUCUUCACAAUGAUGAUGAUGAUGCAGGUGACAGUGUUUGUGGCCCUGCUGGCUCUUGUGGCCUCAGAUCUCUCUGACUCCCAGUUUUACCUCCCCAUCGACUGUGAUGACAUCUAUCGCCGUGACAACACCAGCUCCAGCGGGGUGUACACCAUCUACCCAGGAGGUCCCACCUCACCCCUGCAUGUGUAUUGUGACAUGGACACUGACGGGGGCAGAUGGACGGUGUUUCAGAGGAGGAUCGAUGGGACUGAAAACUUCUUCAGGCCCUGGAGCCACUAUAAGACUGGAUUUGGGAACACAGCUGGAGAGUAUUGGCUUGGCCUGGAGAACAUCUUCCUGCUGACUGUGAGGAAGAAGAAUAUGCUGCGGGUUGACAUGGAGGACUGGCAACUAGAUAAGGCCUUUGCCCAAUACGCCUCCUUCUCAGUUGGUCCUGAUAGCACUGGUUAUCAGCUUCACCUGGGCGCAUAUAAUGGUGGAUCUGCAGGAGAUGCUUUGGCACACCACAACAAAAUGAUGUUCACCACGUUUGACAAAGACCAGGACGGGUGGGAUAAAAACUGCGCUCGGCAUUAUCUCGGUGCAUUCUGGUACAACAACUGCCACAAUGCUAACCCCAACGGCAUGUUCGCACCUCAUGUCAUCCCAUAUGACAGCACCCAGAUAAUUUGGAACACGUACAGGAGCUCGCCUCUCAAAACUGUUGCCAUGAAGAUCAGACCAGCCUCUGCAUGUGCAUGCACAAAUUAAACUGAUCAGCUGUAGGUAGCUGUACCACACUGUAAAAAAUGUUCCAUUACAGAUAAAAGCCCUGCAUGUGAAAUAUUAUGUAUGUAACGAUAAGCAGGAAAAUGUACUUUAAGUAUUAUAAAUAAAAGUAGUCUUUAAA